AGACACUCCGUAUUGGACCUUACCAUAAGCACCCUUGACAUGAAUGCUGUGCGCUGCGCAAUUUGAUAUCGCAGUCGCUAGCAAUUGAAUUCACUCUCUCCAUCAUUUUGCGCUUAGAAGAUACCCGUCUUGCGUUCCAAAAUCUGGCACGUGCUUGCAUCUGUAUCCACCCCGAUCAGGAUCGAAAAGAAACUUCCAUAGAGCCUUCCUCCCCCUUCAAUCUCAAACAAAAUGCCUAUCACAGGGGUUUACUUCAUCCCAUCAAAUCCUAAUGCAUCCACCGGGCUGGCGACAGUCACCGAGCGCCUGCACACAGCCCUAGCAGAUGAGCCAACUGUAUUAGGCCGUUGGUUCCUAGAGCACAGGCUGAUGCGGGAUACACCAUCAUGUGUUCCAGCAUCAGCCUCCCAACGACAAGCGCAACCGCGAUACAUGCAAUUCUUGUCUCUUUCCUUUCAUACAAAUCAUGGCUUCAUCUACACUUCCGAGGCGCCUGAGAAAGGUGCCGGACACCACCCCACGACCUCUACAGCCGGGUCACCCGUCAACCCUCCUCCAAUGGGAGCUACAGGCCCAGCACCUGUACCUCCCAACCCAUCUGCUGCAGCACAGCCAUCUCAGUCCGGAGGACAAAUGGUAAUGACCACCGUGCCACUUCCAUCCUGUAAUGCACUCUUCCAGCAUUUUGGCUACUCCUGCCAGCCCUUCUGGUGCCAUCGACACACAGUCACAGUGAAUGGUGCAGUCUACGACGUGGGCGAUUUCCGGGUCCGAGUUGGUGAUGUGAAACAAACUCAACCGGCAGCGAGGGUUCGGGGGACGGUUGUUCAGAUUGAAUGGCGGGGUCCGUCCAUAGUUGAUUCGAUUGCAGCCCAGAGUCUGGCCAGCAAGCUAGGUGGCGGGCAAAUGGCUGACGAUGACUCCGGCAUUGAUAUGGCAUUUCCGGAUGCCAUAGAGGAUGCGGAUAUCGAUGCCGAAUAUGCGGCGAGUGCUGCGUUAAUUCGGGAGUUCUGGGCCCGGUUGGGCAUCGAUGGAGCCAGGGAUGCUAUCCUGCUGCCGGAUGUGGGGAAGGAGGUCAAAAGUCAAUUGAGGAGGUUGAAGCAAAAAGGCUCGCAGACUGUUUUCGAUGAUAAGACUUUGCAGCAAGUGGACGAGGAUCCCGAUCCGGAUGCGGGUGUGGAUGUGGCGAGGCAAUUUAUGGAGAUCCUGAGGUUUAACCGGUAAGGUUAGGAGGGCUCAAGAUUGAGAUGUAGAUUCGUCGAUAUAUCCGCUUCAAUAUGUCUAUAUGAAGAGGCUUGGCUAUGAAGCUAAAUCGUGGUAGAUCUGGU